AUGCCGAAGGAUGCGAAAACGACGAAAAAACUCCAGGGGGCCCCGAUAUCAACGGUCACCACAACAACUGGCGACGGGGACUCCAAGGGCGGCGGCGGCACCGCAAGCGCCGCCACCGCCGCCGUGCUCUCGGGCUUCAGCGACGCGGUCGCCGCUUUGCGUUCUUCUUCUCCUUCGCCGUCGUCAUCGCCGUGCGCCGCUCCCCCUCGCAACGAGGACGACAUCGCGCACGUCAUCGGCAACCUCAAGAUCAUGCACAGGGCGUGCCGGGACCUGGGCGCUCCGCCGACCCUCCAGAGCGCCCAGCUGUGCUCGGAGAUGGCCUCUCUCGCCCUGACGUACCUGCCCGAGGACACCCGGAAGGCCUUGCGGAGGAGCGAGUGCGGCAGCGACGUGGCCAUGGAGCUGGUGUGCCGCAACCUCACGCAUCUCCCCGUCUUGGCCAAGAAGCUCUACCAGGCCACGCCGAAGGAGCUAGGCGCGGACGAGGGGCUCCAGAACAUCCACGGCGCUCUCGCACCCAGCCUAGAGCUGUACGGCGCGCUAGUGUCCCACGGCGUGGACCCGCGCAGGCGCCCCUGGGCGAGGCGGCUGCUGGAGAAGUUUGCGUCCCUGAGCGAGCUGCGGUGGGUCUCCUGGAGGCGACUGAUGCACAGCGUGGACAUGGGGGGCGACGCCAUGCUCGGAGAAGAGGGGGGGGAGCAGGGGGGCGAUGGCGGCGGUGGCGGAAAAGGCGCAGAAAACGAGGAGGAGGAAGAAGAGGAUGAAGGGAGCGACGGGGACGAUGGAGAGGAGACUCCUAACGCGGAAGAGGAGGCGUCCAAGGAAAAUGGUCACGGCGCCAAAGCUUUGAAAGAGACGCAGGAAAGGUCCAAGCAGGAAAAAGCCUUACUGUCGGCAGCGAUGGCGGCGGCCAUGCCGGUCGUGCGAACCCCGCCCGCCCUGUCCAAGGGUGAGGUGCGCGUCCUCGAGACUCUGUACGCCUCCGGCGCGAGCGCUCCGCCGAUCAGGAAGCAGGCUUUAGAAUUCGGCCUGGGCCUGGACGCGGCGGGGCAGCUCGAGGACGAAGGCAUCCUGACCUCCGCCAGCCUCACGGAGUCGAGCAUCAGCAGCUUCCAAGCCAGGUUGAAGGUGCCAGGAAAGAGCGAGGCCGGGGUAAAGUCAACGCUGAUGGCCAUGGCGUCAAACAAGUCCCAGAGAGCGAAAUCGUCAGCGCCUGGCGAUCAGAAGGAAGAGAAGGAGGAGGAGGAGGACCAGUUUUUCGGAUCGUACGACACGAACGAGGAGCUGGUCGCUGCGGCGGGCGGCGGCAUGGCACUGUACGGCGUGAACUUCUUCCCCAACGAGAACGACGUCACUCUCAAGCCCUACGCGCCCAUCCUUAAGAAGCCCACCUUCGUCGAGAUGGCCGGCGCGUCGGCGAGCUUCGAGGCCUCCGUGCUGCACUCCACGGAGCAGUCGAUGGCCUCCAACUUCACCAAGACCACGGAGAACGGCGGCAUCAGCAUCGCACAGUCCUCCUCCACCUCCUGGGGCGCUAGCACCAGCGUGUCGUCCUUCGGGGGCGCCGUGGGCGACGACAAGAACGAAUCCAAGACGAGCAACGCGUUCUCCGCGAACAACAAGAAGACGACGACCUCUGCGACCAUGGUGGAGACCAUCACGUGUCCCAUGAAGUCGUUCCGCAUCCCGGUGUCCACCAUGACGAUGACGGAAGAGGCUCUCGACCACGCCAUGGAGGUGGACACUCUCCUCAAGGCCGGGCAGUUCCUCGACACCUUCGGCUCCCACGUCUCCAACGGCCGGCACCUCCUCGGGGGAAUAUUCUUCCGCACCAUGACCAUGACCACGGAAUCCGAGGUGGACACGUCGACCCUCCUGUCGGCCGCGAGCACCCAGAUGCAGGAGAGUCGGACGGAGUCGAACGACACCGGGGUGUCCGGCAGCGGCCCCGCCGUCGGGGUCACGGCAUCGGCCUCGGCGACCAUGAAGAGCGCCUCAAGCUCGGGGGUGGUCAAGUUCCACAGCACGGCCGGCAAGAACGAGAGCGAGUCGGAGGACUCUCGCGCCAUGUUCCAGACCUACGUUCGGUCCAUGGGACCCAACGUGGCGACGCCUGAGCUGUUUGCGGAGGCGCUGUUCACCGACACCUCUUCGUGGACCGUCAUCGACCGCGGGCCGAUGGAGGCGCUUCUACCCAUCACCAGCGUGCUGGAGAACAUGGUGGACACGUUCGACCCGGCGUCCCCCGGAAAAACGAAGCUCGAGAAUGCCAUGAACCUGCUGACGGUGGCGUGGCAGCAACGAGCUUCGGCGUGGAAGCCGCUGGAGAAAGACCCCGCGGUUCCCGCGUCCCUGCGUCACAUGAUCGGGCGCUCCUUCGCUACCGAGGACGCCCACGACAAGAUCAGGGCGGCCGUCGUGGACUUGUUCGAGGUCCUGGAGCUCGAGCUCGAGGCCAACACCGAAGAGGCAGCGGAGAGGUUGUCCGGCGCUGUUCUUGCCACCGCCAAGGAGAUGGAGACCGCCCCGCCGGGACAAGCCGACUUCUUCCACGCGCUGCAGUCCAACAUGCGGGCCAUGCCGAAGCUUUCGGGGAAGUUCGACUUCAAGACCGGCACGACCCAGUACGAGGCCGCGGCAAGGAGUGCUAGGCAGCUGUCGUCGACGGAUUGGGUCGGGUUCGAUGACAUCUGGAAUAAACGGCUUGGCAACAUCGCCCUGAAGGAUGCCCUCGACCAUCACAGAAAGUUCGAGGAGGCGACCCUGAGGCUGGGCGAGGUUGUGACCAUAACGGAACCCCUGGUCAGCGUGAACGAGAAAUACCGCCUCGAGAUCGCAGGAAAAACACUGCGAGUGGUCAACGCGGACAGCGGUGCCGUGGUCGACACCCUCUUCGAGGCAGAGGGCACGCUCGGCAGCAACGCCCACGCCCACAUGCAGGAGAACGGGUCGUUUGUGCUGGAGCUCCGCAUGAUCACCGGCUUCGACCGCACGGAGACUCGGGUGGUUCUGUGGACGGCACCCAACACGGACAGUGGCAAGGGGGGCUACGCCAGGCAAGUGUUUUGA